ACUGUGAGUCAGGCGGUUCAGCGUGCGGCAAUUUUUCACUGAAAUCAGUAGCAGUGCUUGAUUAAUUUUUAUAAAAUUUUUAUUAAAAGUCGCACAACACAGACGAAACAUGUCGACAUUGGCAAGUCCCUUAUCCAUCGCAGGCACACGGCAGUCCGGCGCUUCUGUGCGCUCACAGAACGUUAUGGCUGCGCUGUCCAUAUCGAAUAUUGUCAAGAGCUCUCUGGGUCCAGUUGGCUUGGAUAAAAUGUUGGUCGAUGAUAUUGGCGAUGUUACAAUUACCAAUGAUGGAGCAACUAUUCUUCGUCUGCUCGAGGUGGAGCAUCCAGCAGCAAAGGUCCUGGUGGAGUUGGCUCAGCUGCAGGAUGAGGAGGUUGGCGAUGGCACCACAUCCGUUGUUAUAUUGGCUGCGGAAUUGUUGAAGAACGCGGACGAACUGGUCAAGCAGAAAAUUCAUCCCACAUCCAUUAUUUCUGGUUAUCGCAUUGCUUGCAAGGAAGCAUGCAAAUACAUUUCAGAGCACCUGACUGCUCCAGUAGACGAGCUGACCCGCGACUCCCUGAUCAACAUCGCAAAGACUUCAAUGAGCUCCAAGAUCAUUGGCGCCGACGCGGACUUCUUUUCCACCAUGGUCGUAGAUGCGGCUCAAGCAGUUAAGAUCACCGAUCCUAAGGGACAGGCAGCCUACUCAAUCAAAGCCAUCAACGUGCUGAAGGCGCAUGGAAAGUCGGCUCGCGAAUCUGUGCUGAUACCCGGAUACGCCUUGAACUGCACACUUGCUUCACAGCAAAUGCCUAAAAAAAUAGUUAACGCUAAAAUUGCCUGCUUGGACUUCUCGCUUCAAAAGACCAAGAUGAAGAUGGGCGUCCAAGUAUUGAUCAAUGACCCCGACAAGCUGGAGGCCAUUCGCGCACGUGAGCUGGACAUCACGAAGGAGCGCAUCAACAUGAUUUUGAGUACCGGUGUCAAUGUUGUCCUCUCCAGUGGCGGUGUUGAUGAUCUGUGCAUGAAGUACUUCGUCGAGGCAGGCGCUAUGGCGGUGCGUCGCGUUAAGAAGAGCGAUCUGAAGAUCAUUGCUAAGGCAACUGGAGCUGCAUUCCUUACCUCGCUGACCAACAUGGACGGCGAAGAGAGCUUCGAUGCCUCGAUGGUGGGCGAAGCGGCUGAGGUGGCCCAGGAGCGCAUCUGCGAUGACGAACUCAUUCUCAUCAAGGGCACAAAAGCACGUGCUGCUGCUUCCAUAAUCUUGCGUGGUCCCAACGACUUCUACUGUGAUGAGAUGGAGCGUUCCGUGCAUGAUGCUCUCUGUGUGGUGAAGCGUGUGUUGGAAAGCAAAAAAGUCGUUGCUGGUGGCGGCUGCGUGGAGGCGGCUUUGUCCAUCUACCUCGAGAACUUUGCUACAUCGCUGUCAUCGCGGGAGCAGCUGGCCAUAGCCGAGUUUGCCAAAUCGAUGUUGGUCAUUCCCAAGACCUUGUCUGUUAACGCAGCCAAGGAUGCCACCGAUUUGGUGGCCAAGCUGCGCUCCUACCACAACUCCAGCCAGACCAACUCCAAACAUGCCGACUUAAAGUGGACUGGCUUGGAUUUGAUUGAGGGUGUGGUGCGCGACAACAGGAAGGCAGGUGUGCUGGAGCCGGCCAUGUCUAAGAUCAAGUCCCUGAAGUUCGCCACAGAAGCAGCGAUCACCAUUUUGCGCAUUGAUGAUAUGAUCAAGCUGAAUCCCGAGGACAAGAGCGGCAAGAGCUACGGCGAUGCCUGCGCCGCUGGCGAGCUGGAUGGUUAGGCCGUUGCAUGGUCAGCUCUUCUAUUUGUUUAGGCACUUAAUAUUAUGGAACACUCACUGAAAACUUACACGCCUCCCAUUACAAUAAUUGUAACAACAAUUUAAUUGUUUUUUCUUUGUGCUAACUGCGAUUUGUAUUAACCACGCAUUCAUUUCUAAGUUCUCCCCUCAUUCACGUAAAAUGCAUAAUAAAUGAAACAUCUGAAUA